GGGCGGGGAAGAGGAGGGAGCUACCCGGCGCACGCUCAGUAUGUGUGGCUGGGGAAUUCAUGUGGAGGUCAGAGUGGAAUCAGGUGUAAGUGGGUCCAGCAGAAGGAAACAUGGCUGCCAAAGUGUUUGAGUCCAUCGGCAAGUUUGGCCUGGCCUUAGCUGUUGCAGGAGGCGUGGUGAACUCUGCCUUAUAUAAUGUGGAUGCUGGGCACAGAGCUGUCAUCUUUGACCGGUUCCGUGGAGUGCAGGACAUUGUGGUAGGGGAAGGAACUCAUUUUCUCAUCCCUUGGGUACAGAAGCCAAUUAUCUUUGACUGCCGCUCUCGACCACGUAACAUUCCAGUCAUUACUGGGAGCAAAGAUUUACAGAAUGUCAACAUCACACUGCGUAUCCUUUUCCGGCCCGUUGCUAGCCAGCUUCCUCGCAUCUUCACCAGCAUCGGAGAGGACUACGAUGAGCGUGUGCUGCCGUCCAUCACUACAGAGAUCCUCAAGUCAGUGGUGGCUCGCUUUGAUGCUGGAGAACUAAUCACUCAGAGAGAACUGGUUUCCAGACAGGUGAGCGAUGACCUGACAGAGCGAGCAGCAACCUUUGGGCUCAUCCUGGAUGACGUGUCCUUGACACAUCUGACCUUCGGGAAGGAGUUCACAGAAGCAGUGGAAGCCAAACAGGUGGCUCAGCAGGAAGCAGAGAGGGCCAGAUUUGUGGUGGAAAAGGCUGAACAGCAGAAGAAGGCAGCCAUCAUCUCUGCCGAGGGCGACUCCAAGGCAGCUGAGCUGAUUGCCAACUCCCUGGCCACCGCAGGUGACGGCCUGAUUGAGCUGCGCAAGCUGGAAGCUGCAGAGGACAUCGCAUACCAGCUCUCGCGCUCUCGGAACAUCACCUACCUACCUGCGGGGCAGUCCGUGCUCCUCCAGCUGCCCCAGUGAGGGCCUGUCCUCCCAGCACCUCCUCAGGCCAACUGGGCCGCAGCCCCGACAAUUCCUCACACCGCCUUCCUUCUGCCCCCACCCCAAAAUCACUGUGAAAUUUCAUGAUUGGCUUAAGGUGAAGGAAAUAAAAUUAAAAUCACUUCAGAUCUCUAAUUGCUCUUAUCAGAUGAAGCUCUUUCAUUCUUCUCACAUCCAUCUCACAUCUAUCCACUUUUUUAUCCACCUUCCUACCAAAAUUUGCAAAGUGCCUACACCAGCAGCUUUGGGUCCCACUUUGGGGCCUGCUGGAGCUCCAUCCUAAACACUGACAACUGGAAGAAGGAAAGCAGGAGCACGGUUGUCAGCCUGAGUAAACAUGUCACCUUUAUCCUGUCGUUUAUUGAAGAUUUGAGGAUGAUGGUGCAUACAGCUGAACUGAGAAGGCAGGCCUCCUUUUUUCCAGUGGUUUCUGCACAGACAGCUGAAGAGAGGUGCUGGGGAAGGUCAGAGAGGAAGUAGUCUGUCUUUUACCAUAACACUGAUUCUCUUUAACUUUGCGACCAGCGGAAGCAGGUGUGUGUGAGCAGGGCAUGGUUUAAAGAAUCUGCCCCUGUUGAGGUGGGUGGGCUUGAUUUUGCUACCCCCCAGGGUCCUGAAACUGGGAUGGACUUGGAUGGUGAGAGUGGAGGCCUGGACCGAGAUGUGAGUCCUGUUGAAUACUUCCUCUCCACCCCCAACCUUGGUCCCUUUCAAAUACGCAAUGGAAUUCCAGCUUGAAGGACUGCAUCCUGCAGAGGCUGGACAUGCCUGCCAGAGAUGUGUGCAUCCUGCGUUCCUGGCUCCCUCAUUCAGAGACUGCCCUUCUCGAGGGCUCUGUGCCUGUGCUCUGAAGGAAACAACCAUGGGAAGAAAAUAAAUGUGUGUAAACUGCUGUCAAUAAAUGACACCCAGACCUUCCAGCUCA